CGCCCCAUAUCGGCUACAAUCUCAGAAGCACCCACGUGCUUAGUUUUCUUUUUCUUUUUCUGUCACUUCUCCCCCGCCGCUGGCAAGCACUCUAUUGGUGUUGCUCCAUCUUGUUAAACAUAGCUCUACUUCUAAUUCCGAAUCCCGCCACAGUUCCUUCAAAUGAGCUUACAGGCGGGCAUCACUCCAUCGUUGGCGCUACGCUAACGCCUAAUUCCGACUUCUACAGCAUUUUACAUGCCAGUUGCAAAUUCCCAAUUCCAUGAGGUUUUCAUUGGAUUGGGAUCUGUGCCUCAUCCUAUGUGGGCCAACCUAUCACAGCUUGUACUGUUAGAAGCGUAUUACUUUACAUAUUCUCAUCCGUCCGUAUUUUUUUCGUUCAUCGAUAGUGAUUCAUCAACUCAUUUUGAUUUUCGUAAGUUAGGGUUUGGUGCACCGUCUCUCUCAAUUAUCGAUGUGCAAGGUUGUUUGGACAUGAAAGUUCUCGUUUGCAUCGUUGAAGCUGGCUAUGGCGUAGUCGCCUACAAACUAGGGUUUAGAGUAUCGCUAACGUCAAGAGCUGCUGAGAGAUGAGUUCUGAUCGUGAAGAGGAUUUUUUGUUGGCGUCCGGCUAGGAUUGCAAAGUACGAGGACGGUUAGCGUAGAGGGAAGCAUAGGAUACGUUUGGGAGUUUUUGGGUGGAGGACGAAGUCAUGGAGGAUCAUGGGGAGGGAGGGGCUGCCCGGAGAGCGUCUGGAAGAGUUCGUAAGAUUGCGCCUAAGGUGGGGGCAGCCCUUCAGGAUACCAACAUGCGUGCCCAGGCAGCAGCAGCUCGUUUGGAAGCUCUGGAGAAGGACACUAUCGUGUACGAGGCUAUCGACAUCGAUGAUGACGACGAAGCCUCCAUGGAUGAGGAUGAAAGACCCACACAGAAAAAGGCACCCAAGAGCUCGAAGCGGAAAACCCGGCAAGCUAGAGCCUUGGAGCAAGUUGCUUCGACAAAGAAAGCUCCCAGAAGCUUUCUAGACCUGCUUCAAGAGGCCAAUCUGGAGUCGUUACCCCCCAACGCACCGUCUUACUUGCGUGCAGCGGUGGGACCACCAAGCGUAGGGGCACGCCGUCAUUUCUGCAGCGUGUGUGGUUACCUUGCUCCUUACACGUGCCCGCGAUGUGGUGCACGUUUCUGCUGUUCUCGGUGUCAAACCUUACACACCGACACCCGUUGCCAGAAGUUUUUGGCAUAGUGUCCUUUGUUCCUUCUGUUUAUAGCAUGUUCGCAGCUCGUUAUGCUCCCUGCUGCAAGUGGACUGAUGUUCCAGAGAACAAUUUUCACUUGGCGUAAGUCGGGAUGUUCGUGGCAUUAUGUGCUCUUCCUUGACGGAAGCGCUGUGGAUGAUAUCUUUGUGGGAGUGUCUUUCGCAAGACGCCUUGCUCCUGUCAUUGUGGCACACAUGCACCACCAGUGGUGAAGAUGCAACAACUCUUUUCAGAUUGCCAUCAGGAGUUCGAGAUUUUGCGAGCAGGGCUUCAUCUUCAUCUGAGUUCAGAAGUAAAGAAGUUCCAGCAAAAUGCUGAGGAGAAUCGUCGUAGAGUUUUGAGCUGUCCACAACCUGCGUAUUGAGAAUCUGCAGCAAUUAGAACAUCAAGUGAAACGUUUGGGAUAGCACAAACUUACAAUCCAUGCGGUGAGCAAUCUGGAAGCUCACAAGCUAUGAAGCUUAUACUGAUUUGCCAGAACUGGUGCUUACAUGCGAAAAUAUACUGUCUACUUAGUGAGGACCCAUGAUGGAAGUGAAUCCUCUAACCAGGAUUAGGAUUUGGGUUGAAAAUGAUUCAUAUGUCUGCAGAAAUUAUGUUCAAGGUCAGUGAGGUGAUAAUCUCAACGAAUCACAGCAGAAUUUGAGUUCCUGCUGAAAGACGAAGCUUGUUAUGAGGUGCUUUAAAAGUUACCAAGGAUGCCUACUUGUGACUAUAUUUUUCGAAAA